CUCUGUUUUAUAUACAAAAUCCCUUUUUAGUGACUUUCUUCAAACUCUCUCUUUCUCCCAACACUUGCUCUCUCUCUGACUCUACACACAGUGCUCGACAUCAUGGGAAAUUUUGUUGCUAAUGAAGGACUAUCUAUUUUUGUCAUUCUGGUAUGGCUCGGCAUCAAUAUGUUUCUUUUUGUGCAUUUCUACAUGGCAUUUUUAAUUGACAGAUACUACUACACUAGAGUUAUCCUUGGGCAUGCUCUCUCAUGGGCCAGAGCUCCAGCUGCAUGUCUCAAUUUUAACUGCAUGCUGAUCCUGCUGCCCGUCUGCAGAAACCUGCUCUCAUUCCUGCGAGGAUCCAUACAGUGCUGUAGCCGCACCGCAGCUCGUCAGCUGGACAGAAACAUCACUUUCCACAAACUUGUAGCCUACAUGAUUGCUUUCCACACAGCGAUCCACAUCAUAGCUCACCUGUUUAACUUUGAGAGAUUCAUGGAUUCCCAGCUUAUGGUCAACAGCAGCUACCUGCCGUACGUGCUCUCUCAGAUUGGUAACGGUGACAACAGAUCCUACCUGAACCCUAUCAGAACCAAUGAGACGAACCCAACGAUAGUGAUGUUCACAACAAUAGCAGGACUGACGGGGGUGGUCAUCACCCUUGCCCUUAUCCUCAUCAUCACCUCCUCUAUGGAGGUCAUCAGACGGUCAUACUUCGAGGUGUUCUGGUUUACUCACCACCUGUUCAUCGUUUUUUUCAUUGGUUUGGUGCUGCAUGGAGUCGGGCGUAUUGUGCGAGGCCAGACGCUUGAGAGUUUGAAAGUGCACGACCCAAUAAAAUGUCACAGCCACUUUGAUACCUGGGGUCAGAAUAGCACACACUGUCCUGAACCUGACUUUGCUGGGAACCCUCCAAAGACAUGGAAGUGGGUAGUUGGCCCCAUGUUUCUGUAUGUCUGCGAGAGACUGGUGCGAUUCUACCGCUCACAGCAGAAGGUGGUCAUUACCAAGGUAGUCAUGCACCCUUCCAAGACUCUUGAGCUGCAGAUGAAAAAGAAGGGCUUUAAAAUGGAGGUCGGUCAGUAUGUGUUCAUCCAGUGCACGUCUAUCUCUCAGUUAGAGUGGCAUCCCUUCACCCUGACCUCUGCCCCCGAGGAGGACCACUUUAGCGUGCACAUCCGUAUCGUAGGGGAUUGGACGCAAGCCCUCUACACGGCCUGUGGAGGUGACAAGACCGUGGUGCUGGAUGCUUGGACACUACCGAAGAUGGCGGUGGAUGGGCCUUUUGGGACGGCCAGUGAAGACGUCUUUCGUUAUGAGGUUGUGAUGCUGGUUGGAGCCGGUAUUGGAGUGACACCUUUUGCCUCUGUUUUAAAGUCUGUGUGGUACAAACAUGUCCAAGAGAACAAAAACGUCUUCACUAAAAAGAUCUAUUUCUAUUGGCUGUGUCCUGAGACUCAGGCAUUUGAGUGGUUUGCAGACCUGCUGCAGAGUUUGGAAAGAGAGAUGACAGAGAAAGACAUGAGUGAUUUCCUCAGUUACAACAUCUACCUUACGCGCUGGAAAGACACUGAUGCUGCCCACAUCAGAGUUCAAUAUGAGGCAGAGAAUGACCCCAUCACCGGGCUAAAGCAGAAGACUUGCUAUGGCAAACCCAACUGGGACAAUGAAUUCAGUGCCAUUGCUACCCAACACCCAGGUUCAAAAGUAGGAGUGUUUCUAUGUGGUCCAACUGCACUGGCUAAAGUUCUGGGGAAACAGUGCCAUACACACACCGAGUCUGAAACUGAGUUUAUAUUCAACAAGGAAAACUUCUGAUCGACUCCAUUUCGACAACAUUACAAUGUGUUAUAAUACAUAAUACAAGCAUCUUGUGUCAUAGGCCUCGAUACACCAUGGCUGUGAGCAUAUUGCUUGGAUCUAAGUGUGAUUUUAUAGUUAGGAUGUGAAAAUACCCUACUUUCCAAAUAGUCUUCCUCUUUUUCAAGUGGAACUUAAACCUUUUGAAAUCCAUUGUUGAGUAACACGAUCACGAAUCAAAGACAUUUAUUCUAAAGGCAUAUUCCAGGUUCAAAUAUGCAUAAUGUGGCUUAGUGGUGAUUAGCACAAAAAAUAAUUUUAACCCUCAUUUUCUUAAAAAAAGCAAAAAUCAAAGUAACAGUGAGGCCCUUACAAUAGAAGCAAAUGGGGCCAGUCUUUGGAAGGUUUAAAGGCAGAAAUGUGAAGCUUAGAAUUUUAUUAAAGCACUUGCAUUGAUUCUUGUUAAAACUUGUGUAUUAUUUGAGCUAUAAAGAUUUUUAAAUCGUCGGGGAUUGUUGACAUUACAUCAUCAUGGCAAUGAAGUUGUAAAAUUGGCUAUAGCUUUACACAGAAAAG